AGCAUGGAGGCCAAGCUGAAGGAACUCCGGCAGAAACUGGAGAAACAGUGCCAAAUUAACCAGGAGCUGCAGAAUAAAAACUUGGAGUUGGAGACCAAGUUGAAGGAGAAGGAGAAAAUCCUGGAGGAACUGCAGGGUCGUUUCAAUGAGCUGGAUCAUUUGUCUCCGAGGUACAGCAAUGACAGCGAGGGGGUUCGGCAGAGCCGAGCAGCAGUCAUGGCUCCAGAGCCGAUUCCAGAAGACAUAGACAUCUUGACCACCAGGGUCAAAAAGACUGCCAGUGAAAGAACUCAGAUCAUGAAGGCAAUGCAGAAAAAUGCCUUCCUGAGUCAUCUGGAUGAGGAGCAGAUCAACAUGAUGGUGGAGCUCCUCACUUAUCUGGACCACUGUCCUGGUUCUGACAUCAUUACAGAGGGCACAGAGGGUGACACCUUGUAUAUUGUUGCAGCUGGAGAACUCAAAGUUACUCAGGCAGGGCGUAAUCUGCGAACUUUGACCGCUGGAGAUGUCUUCGGGGAGCUGGCCAUCUUGUACAACUGCAAACGGACGGCUUCGGUCAAAGCGGUCACGGCGGUUAAGUUAUGGUGCAUCGAGAGACAGAUUUACAGAAGCAUCAUGACAAUCAAGUCCAAGAAGAAACGAGAGCAAUUGAUGGGCUUCUUAAAGACAGCUCGCACUUUCAAAUCCCUGAGUGAUGAACAGCUCUCCAGCAUCAUUGACUCCAUGGAGGAGGUGAAGUUUCGGGAGAAUGAGGUGAUUGUGCGUGAAGGUGCCGAAGGAGACACGUUUUACAUCAUCCUCAAGGGAGAGGUCCAAGUGACAAAGAAAGUGAAUGGGCAGCAAAAAAUCAUCCGUAAAAUGGGACAAGGGGAUCAUUUCGGAGAACUGGCUCUGAUACGUGCGAUCUUGAGGACAGCUACCUGCACUGCUUUGGGAUCAGUCACCUGCUGCGCCAUCGAUAAAGAGGCUUUUGAAGAGACAAUCCCAAUAGAAAUACUGGAGCUGCAUAAUGAUCCAGAUCUUCCUGAGAACACUCAAACAUCAAAGAAAGACAGCUCAGUGUCUUUGCUACAGCUGAAGGAUCUGGUCCCGGUCUUGUACCAGGAGGGACGUUACCAAGGCAGCCCUGUCACCCUGGGACUGGGGGGGUUUGGACGCGUGGAACUGGUAACCACGCUGCAUCAUGGGAAAUACUAUGCCCUGAAAAAGAUCAGCAAAAAGAUCAUAGUACAGAAGAGGCAGGAACAACAUGUGCUGUUUGAGAAGAGGCUCCUGCUGGACAUUGAGUGUGACUUCAUUGUCAGGCUCCAUGGCACUUUUAGAGACUCCCGCUACAUCUAUAUGGUCAUGGACUUCUGCUCAGGGGGUGAGAUCUGGACCAAACUAAAAGAAGUACACCGUUUUGAAGAGGACAUAACUGUAUUCAUAGCAGCAUGUGUAGUUGAGGCUUACGCCUACCUCCAUAAGAAAGAUAUCAUGUAUCGAGACCUGAAGCCAGAGAACCUCAUGCUGGACUCCAUGGGAUACAUCAAACUAGUGGAUUUUGGUUUUGCUAAGAAGCUCCAGCGAGGACAGAAGACAUAUUCUUUCUGUGGAACUCCAGAGUACAUGGCUCCAGAGAUUAUUCAGAAUCAAGGCCAUGACUUUGCUGCUGAUUUCUGGUCUCUAGGCGUUCUGGUCUAUGAGCUCCUGGUAGGCAGCCCACCUUUUUCAAGCUCAGAGCCACAGAACAUCUAUGCCAAGAUAUUGGAUGGUGUGAUAAAGUAUCCCCCGCACAUGGGAGAGGCUGCCAGAUCUCUUAUUAGCAAACUGUGCAGACCACGCACGGGUCAAAGGUUAGGAAACACCAAAAAUGGAAUCAAAGAUGUCCGUAGUCACAGGUGGUUUAACAACAUGAACUGGCACAAACUGAGGAUGAGACAAAUCAAUGCUCCAACAGUUAAACUCAUCAGAAAGGGUCCCUGCUACAUCAACUUUGACCGUUUCCCCUUCGAUCAGACCCUCUCCGAGGAGGAAUUCUCUGGGUGGGAUCGAGAUUUCUAA